AUGGCAACUCUAAAGGAAAAGAGAACUUGUGGUCAACGGUGUGAAGAUUUCGGCCACUUUGUGUGGAACUCUGACAACGGGACAUUAUUCGGCAGGACGCUGAUCAAAUGGGUGUACAUCAGUCUGUAUUACGUGAUGUUCUACAUAGUGAUGACGGGUCUGUUCGCUCUCGCCAUCUAUGUGCUCAUGUACACGCUGGAUCCGUACGCGCCUGACUAUCAGGACCGAUUAUCAUCGCCGGGGGUGAUGGUUUGGCCGGACACGUAUGAAGAUGAGAAAGUCGUGAUCGCUUAUAACGCAUCAAACAAGAAGAGCUGGAUGAAGAUGGCCAACAGUAUCCGCACACUUAUUCAUCCCUAUAAUGACACUCUACAGGAGCAGUGUAAUCCGCACAACUGCACCGCUGAAAGGUAUUUUCUUCAGAACAGUUUCAACGGACCCAAUCACACAAAGUGGGCGUGUGCGUUCUACCAAAGCAUGCUGGGUGAUUGCUCGGGAAUUGAUGACCCCACCUUCGGCUACACAACUUCACAACCAUGUGUGAUCAUUAAAAUGAACAGGAUUAUCGGCUUUUUACCAAACAAUGGAACCGGAUUGGCUCCACGUCUGAUAUGCACCGUACUGGAAGGUAGUGAGAAUGUGAGUGGUUAUGAAUAUCACCCAUAUAAUGGAACAUACGACCUCUCCUACUUUCCUUACUACGGUAAACUCGCUCAGCCAACUUAUGUGAAUCCUCUGGUCGCUGUCAAGUUCAACCUCAUCAACCAGAAAACAGCACAGAUCGAGUGUAGGGUGGUGGCAAAAAACAUUGCUUAUGAGAACUACUACGACCCCUUUGAGGGCAAAGUCAUCUUCAAUCUCACGAGCAUUAGCUAA